AAUUAACCACGCCUAUUUAAAAUGGCGUCCGUUCAAGAUCUCAUGAAACAGAAGGAAGAAAUAGAGAAAGAGCUAUCCAUUCACUCCCAGACGCUGGAGCAAAACAGCUCAGUAGGUAUGGACGGGCCGCUAGUUGAUAAAGAAGGAUAUCCAAGAUCAGAUAUUGAUGUAUAUGAAGUCAGAAGAGCUAGGAAUAGGAUUAUAUGUCUACGUAAUGACCACAAGAAGAUAAUGUCUGACAUUGAAGAGAAACUCUAUGUGAUCCAUGCAGAGGCCAGGGAGGCAGGGACAGUAACAUCAGGAACAAGAUCAAGCAAAGAGAAGAGACUGGAACCAUUUGCACGAGUUACCAUGGUAACAGAGGGAUCCCCUUCCAGCAUAGCAGAUUUAAGAGUAGGUGAUCUAUUGCUAGAGUUUGGUUCAGUAAAAGGUGAUAACUUCACUAAUCUAUCAAACAUAUCAUCAGUGGUACAGCACAGUGUUAAUCAACCACUGAGGGUGGUGGUGUUAAGAGAUGGUAUAAUGGUGUCUGUUAGCUUACGCCCUCAGGAGUGGAGAGGGAAAGGGUUACUGGGAUGUGUUAUUAGUCCAAUUGGUACAAAAGACUGAAGUUGAAUGGACAUUAAUGUAAUGAGAUACUUGCUGCUGCAGCUGACUUUAAAAUGGUUAAUAACAGGACUGCACCUUUAUAAUUAUUAUACUCAGCAAACUACAAUUAUGCAGCAUAAAAGUCUAGUUCCACUAAUCUACUUCAAA